UCGUGAUUUCGCGUAUGUAACCGAGAGGUGAUCAUAUGAGACUGGUCUGGUUGAAUGACACAAAAAUAAUUGUCUGAAAAGAUGGAAUCAGCAGUUAAAGCACCCCCGAAAGCCAUGGGUUUCUCGGCUAAGGUUGUAUACCACAGCCUUGUGUGGAUAUUGAUAACCAUUUUGAUAAUUUUAGGCUUAUACUACAACUUGACUGGCAAGGGGCAGAGGUUUGACAUUGGAUGGUUUCUCCAGUCAACGUCUCCCUACAUGUGGGCUCUGAUCGGAACAGGCUUUGCCAUCUCCCUUUCUGUAGUGGGAGCCGCUUGGGGCAUCUACACAACUGGAGCUAGCAUCGCCGGCGGUGGUGUGAAGGCACCUAGAAUCAAGACCAAGAACCUGAUCAGCAUUAUUUUCUGUGAGGCCGUCGCCAUCUACGGCAUCAUCAUGGCCAUUGUCAUCAGCACCAACUUAGUGUAUUUUGACAUCACCAAGAUGGAAAGCAAGGAGAAUCUCUACCAAAAUUAUGCUGCAGGUUACAUGAUGUUCGGUGCUGGUCUGACCGUGGGAAUCACUAACUUGGCAUGUGGCGUGUGCGUUGGCAUUGUUGGAUCUGGUGCUGCUCUUGCAGAUGCUGCCAACUCUAGUCUCUUUGUCAAAAUUCUUAUCAUCGAAAUUUUUGGCAGUGCUAUUGGAUUGUUUGGAUUGAUCGUCGCAAUUUUACAGACCUCAAAAGCCACCAUGCACGCCAACGAAUAGACAAGAUGAGGACAUACCGCUUGAAGCCAUUCCAGAUAGAACAAAUGUACAACUCAUCUGAAACAGAUCCGAUAUCAUUGAUGUCUACUUUUAAGGAACCUGUGAAUUUCCUCACAAUUUCAUGAUAAUAGAGUGCUUGUAGUACAAUCAAUAGCAUAGACAUGUGCUCAGCAUACAUUGUACAUUACAUAUCAUAAGAUAACCAAGAUGAUAUAUUGGUGGGCUGGUUUCUAAGUAUGUAUCACAACAUGAAGCCUUGUUAGCGUGGGUGAUCCAGCUUUCAUCAAUCCUGCCCAGAAGGUUUUUGUGUAACUAAUCAUGUGGAAGUUGGGUGUCCUGAUUACACAGUUUCCACUGUAAUAACUCGCAUCUCAAAUGGAAAGUAUGGUUGAACUGUGAAAUAGGAAGUUCACGGGUGAUGUAUCUGUGUUGGAUACCAGUGUUAGCUAGGCACUAUGGAUAUACAUAUAUAUAAGCCAGCAGCCAAACAAUAUUGCCAACUAUUGCUGAAAAAUGUCUGGCUUUCUUAUGAGCCUGAAAACAAUUCUGUAACUUAGGAAAAUAAACUUGAUUGAAUAUGCACAUUUAUAGCUAAAAAGGGUAGAAUUAUCAUUAAACCGCCUGCAUGUUAAAACCGCCUGCAAUCGGCGUGCCACUGUUUCUUGAUAAUGCCCUCAUAUUGCUUAACACAUGUAACAACGGGCCAUUAUCACUUCCGUUGUCAGGUGACGUCGUAGGGUAGGGAUAGUGACGUCACUGUUAAUAGUGACAUAGUCUGGUUUGUUCUAUGAUGUUUUCAUAUUUGUAAAAGUGGGUCAGUGACAUUCGUGUUGAUUGCAGUAAAUGUUUCAAAACCGAUAUUGUUUCUUUUUAUUUGAUAACAAAUUCCAUCCAUUUUAGCUAUAAUAACGGUAACGGUCUUUUUCAGGGCAUUAUCAUUUGCAGAAGCCCUCAGUCUUUUCAACUGCCCUCCUUCGUUGGGCAGUUAAUGGAAGACCUCAGGAUACUGCAAAUGAUAAUGCCCUGAAAAAUAGUGUUACCCUUAUAAUAUGUUACAUUGAUCCUGGGGCAUAUUUGUUAUUAAUUAUUGGAGCUGUUCAGAUAUUUAUUCGACAUUACGAAUAUUAUCUACAGCAUUGUGGAUAAGGUUACAGUAAACCAAGUUUUAGGGUUCAAUAUAUGAUUUAGUACUAGGAAGCUAUAUACUACAACCUAGAUGAGAUGUGUGCCCACUGUCUGAUGGGAAGGUGUUAGGAUCUGUGAGUAGUGUAUAUGAUAUGAUGUCUUCUGUUGAUGUAUAUACUGGAUAUUUUGUGUAUAGUUCUUAUUUUUGUUUUUCACAGUUACAACAUGUACAACACAUGUAUAUAUUCAUCAUCUUGACUCCAGUCAUUGUCAGAUGAAAUCGACUGGAAAAACAUUUCCAGGCCAGACCAAAUUCCUGUCUUGUUUGACAGAUCAGCUUUUCCCAAACUUUUCUUGAUGCUCUAAAUUAAUUGUUCAAAUGAAAGUAAGUCUUUUUUUUACCCUAGAAUUAUUAGAAAGAAAGGUUGUUAACAUACAUAUGAUACAGAAUCUCUUGGACAAGUAUUUCAAUAUUUUCAAAAUUAUUUUUGGAAUUUAAAUUUUUAUUAAGUUUUCUUUAUUUAUUGACUGCAUAACAAAACUUACCACAUUUAAAAACCUUUUAUUGCACCUGGCUUCUUGAUAUUUGGGACUACAAAAAUAUGUGAAACAAGAAAAUAAAUUGGUCUAGUCUUAAUAAGAAAAUCAAAAUAUGAGUUUGUCAUUGGAAUUUAGGAUGAUUGUAUGUUCUGAUUUGGUGAAGAAUGUUUUAUGUCAACGCUCAUGAUGUGUAUAGGAUGAAAUCAUAGAUUUUACCUUCUGUGUUGUGAGUUAGGCCCAGUAUGUGGAGUUUUAUGUUUUGAUGAGAAUGUCUCAGUUCACACAUUCCAGUGAGAUUCACUCCUCUGAUCUACAGAUGCGGAUACUACAACAAAUAGAAGCUAAAUCUAUUUAAGGCUGUGACACCUCCUUUACACAUCCUGAGUAUCAGUAUGCACAACAUUUAUGAUUCUAACAUUAACAUGAUGGAGGUAGCACUUGUGUUGGGUUAGUUUCCAAGAGAUCUAUGUAUGUAUUGCUUCAUCUGUAUAUUCUUGCUCUUGUAUGACAGGUUACCAUGGUGACCUGGUACAUUGUUAACCCUUGUCAAGAAUGUCAAUCAGCAUAAUCUGUACCUUAAAGAUUCCCUUUUAGUCCCGGUUUUUGAAAGAACAAAAAGUAAGCCUUUUUACAUGCUAUUUCUAUUGUUUAUUUUGCCAUUUCUAUUGUUUAUUUUAUAGUUUUAUGGUUAAGGAGCAAUAUGUAAUAGAAUUAUCAUACCCUGUAGUUAGCUUUUGAGCUUUGAAUUCAUGAAAGAAAUUUAUAUUUGGCCUUCGGGAGGAAUUAUUGUUUUGGUUUGUCAAUAAACUCUGUUUACCCUCCAUCUUCAAUUGGUUCAGAAAUUGGAAAUCCAUAAAUGUAAGUGUGUUUGUGUUUGUUGCAACAUGUGUCUCAUGUGUCGGAUAGGCAGAAUCUGCUGGUUGCACCAUGUGAUGGUGAUGUGACACAAAACAGCUCACUCAAUAUUUAGGCAUUGUUUCGUUUUUUAUCUAAGAUAUCCUUUGAUCAUGAUGGUCACCAUUUCGAUGUUUUUUUCAUUAUUCUACGCAAUAUUUGAUCUUAAUUCCCUUGUCAGUAUUUGUAAUGUUCUAUCUUAUUCAUAAUUAAUAUCAUUUGUUUUAUUGUGAAUUAAAUGGAAGUUCUCCCUAUUGAUCAUAUUGUGAGUCAGUGGGGGUGUCUGUUUAACCUAGAUGUAUUUGUUUAUGUAGGGUGAUACACAGGACCUCUAGCUGCGAUAUACUGUCAUUGAUCGGAAGGAUGUAAUAAAGUCUUAUGUGGUCAAA